AUGAGUGAGCAAAAUAGUACAAGUGAUAGCCAUAUGUCUGAGGAACAAAAGCAGCAACUAAUUCCUCAAUUGAAAGGAAAGCUCUGGUAUUGUCUGGAGCAGCUGGUAAAGAAAGAGUUACCAAGCGAUAUCAGCUACUCACCUAAAUUCAUAAACGCGCUUGUAGAGUUGUGCUUCACCCAACUGGUGGAUAUCGGCGGUGAUCUUGAAGCCUUCGCAAGACAUGCGGGGCGGGAGACAAUAGUGGUCGAGGACCUAAUGCUGAGGCUGCGGAACUCAAGCGAUUUGCAGCAAUUGCUCCAGCAGAAACUGGAAGAAAAUACAGCAGUGGGGCCAGCACGUAGGGCGGAUAGGUGA